CUUCUGUUGCUCAUUACGCCCUUUACUUUGCCUUUACGAUACCUCUCGCCCUCUCGCCGAAGUCUGAACUCUGAAGGAAGAAAUGUCUGAUCAUCUCGCGAAAGCUCAAGAAUUCGAAAAGAAAGCGGAGAAGAAAAUAAAAAGCUGGAGCUUAUCCGGCUCUAAAUACGAUGAUGCUGCUGAGUUGUACGCUAAAUCUGCCAACCAUUUUAAACUCGCCAAAUCCUGGGACCGAGCUGGAUCACUUUACACCACCUUGUCCGAUUGUCACUUGAAGUCGGAUAAUAAGCAUGAAGCUGCCACUGCUUGUGUAGAUGCUGCAAACUGCUAUAAGAAAACAUCAAACAAAGGGGCUAUAUCAUGCUUGGAUCGAGCAGUAAAUAUAUUUGUGGAUAUUGGCAGAUACAGCAUUGCUGCAAGAUAUUCCAAGGAUAUUGGUGAAUUAUAUGAGCUUGAGAAGAAUAAUGAGAAGGCUAUUCUAUACUUCGAACGGGCAGCUGAAUAUUUUGAAAACGCAGAAGCAACAACCUCUGCCAACCAGUGCAAGCUGAAAGUUGCUCAAUUUUCUGCUCAACAAGAACAAUAUCAGAAGGCGAUUGAGAUAUAUGAAAAAAUAGCACGACAAUCACUCGACAUUAACUUGCUUAAAUAUGGAGUAAGAGGACAUCUGCUUAAUGCUGGCCUUUGCCAUCUUUGUAGAGGCGAUGUUGUUGCAAUAACCAAUGCUUUGGAGCAAUAUGAGAACUUGGAUCUAACAUUUUCUAGAACUCGAGAGUACAAGUUUUUAGCUGAUUUGGCUACUGCAAUCGAAGAGGAAGAUGUUACCAAAUUCACUAAUGUUGUCAAGGAAUUCGACAGCAUAACUCGGCUGGAUCCUUGGAAGACUACACUUCUAUGGCGGGUUAAGGAGGCUCUGAAAGCCAAAGUACUAGAGGAAGACGAUUUGACCUGAAAUGGAUCCACUAAUGUUUAGUAAUUUUUCCUUCAUUCGUUCUUUGUUUUUGCUUGGAAUUAUUCUGUACAUCAAAAGCGUAGUGUUCAUGUAUAAAGCUCUGCUUCUGCAGUCUAUUUAGAUCAUUUGUGAGAAUAACUUAUUUGUAAACAUAAG